ACAAACUCGUCCCCGAACCGAAGUCCUCGUUGGUUUAAGAGACGGAAAACCUCGAAAACGCCCCCUGAACUUCAGGCACGACAUUUGCAAUGUGUUUAUGGCAUUAAUCCAACUGUGCUUAUAUUUGCACGCGUUUUGAGAAGCAACCAUGGAAGCUAAGCUAAAGAAAGAGUUGGGGACUAAUAUGCUAAAAUCGACUGGACACUCAGGAGGUGGAUGUAUCAGCGAGGGCCAGAGUUAUGAUACUGACUUUGGAAGAGUGUUUGUGAAGAUAAAUCACAAGAGCGAGGCCAAAUUAAUGUUUGAUGGAGAGAUGGCCAGUUUGGAGGCCAUUGUACAGACACAAACUGUAAAAGUCCCCAAGCCCAUCAAAGUGAUUGAGCUUGACAGAGGAGGCUGUGUAUUUGUGAUGGAACAUCUAGACAUGAAAGGUCUUAGCAAAUACUCAAAGCAACUUGGAGAGCAGCUGGCAGAUAUGCAUCUUCACAACAAGAGACAGUUGGACAAAUUAAAUAAGGAGCAGCAAACAGUGGGAAAAGGAGCUGGGCAGUCAGAGGUUGCUGUUGUGGAAAAAUUUGGCUUCGAUGUAGCUACAUGCUGUGGAUAUAUACCUCAGGUAAACGAGUGGCAGGAUGACUGGGUGGCAUUUUACUCCCAGCAGAGGCUGCAGCACCAUAUUAACUUGGUGGAACAAUCGUACGGAGACAGAGAGGCCAGGGAACUAUGGGCCAAGCUUCAGCUAAAGAUCCCUCAGUUUUUCUCAGAUGUGGAGAUUGUCCCUGCUCUCCUCCAUGGAGACCUGUGGACAGGAAAUGUUGCAGAGUCUGCAGAUGGCCCAGUCAUCUUUGACCCUGCAUCCUUCUACGGCCAUUCAGAGUUUGAGCUGGGUAUAGCUGGUAUGUUUGGUAGCUUCAGCAGGUCUUUUUAUUCUGCUUACCAUGAAAAGAUUCCUCAGGCACCAGGAUUUGCGAAGAGGAACCAGCUUUACCAACUCUUCCACUAUCUGAAUCACUGGAACCACUUUGGUGGUGGCUACAGAGGCUCUUCAGUCAGGGUUAUGAAGGACCUGCUGAAAUAACUGCACUUAGCACCAGCUUAGUAUUAUGUAUAUAUUGCUAAUUUGACCAAAUAGUGUUGCUAAAUGUUGAAGAAACUAAACAUUCUAGCCUGCUGUGUGGCAUGGUAAAAACAGAAUCAACAUAGCAAAUACAGAUACACAGUUUUUAUUUUUAUUGAAGAUUGUGACUGCCUCAUGAGAGAAGAACGAAGAUGACGGAGUUGGUCUUACAAUGAGUAUUUUGUUACGCUGCAAUUCCUUUAUUAACAUAUUAAUAUUUAUAAUUGUCUGAAUUUUACCCAGACUAAGUUAUAUUACAGUGCAAAGGAUGUCUGAUUUUUACAGUGAAUGCAGUUCCAUUACUUAUACAUUAUAAUAGCCUCACUAGUAAUAUCCUCCAGGCAAAAUGUUCCUAUAUAGUAAUGAAUCCUUGCAAAUCCUUAUCGUCCACUGCUCAACUGACAAUAAAUCCUGAGAUGAUGCAAAGUC